AUGGGUGCGUGCCACAGAGAGCUCCUUCACACAGCACAGGAGCAGGAGUGGAGUAGAGGACUGGAUGGACGCGGAGAGCAGCGAGCUCGGACCAAGUUACCGGUGUCGAGUGUUGGGGAAGACAGAGCCAUCCUGCUGGGCUUCACCAUGAUGGCCUUCUCUGUGCUCAUGUUCUUUGUGGUCGGCAUUACUGUGAUCAAACCUUAUGUUAAUAGCAACUGGGAGAAUGAGGCCAGCUGUGUGCUGCUGCAGGCCGUCACCAUGGAGGAGUGGGUGGACUGCAGAGGUGUGAGCACUGUGCCUUGUCUCAGGGUGACGGUUAACCUCACGGACUCCAAUGAGAGUGCUUUGCUCCACUUUAACGAGGAGUCAGUCUUCCUAGCUUCUGAGUGUUUCUACAUACCCAAAUGUCAGAUGGAAAGAACAGAACUUCAGGAUGAAGUCCUGAAGGUAAAAAACAGCUUGGACUCUCAGCUGGGGAGCACCACAUCAUGCUUCACAGACCGCGCAAGGCACCCCAGGGACGUCAUCUUGGGCAGGAAGUACACCUUUAAGAAGACCCUGGUUGCAUUGCUGUGGCCCUGUCUGAUGCUGGUUGGUGGAGCUCUGCUGGUGGGCCUUGUGAAGCUGACACAGUGCUUAGCCCAUCUCUGCCCUGAAAUGGGCAGUGAGGCUUCAGUGGGCAGGCUGACAGUGACAUCAAGGCAGGGCAAACUUUACAGAUGCUUCCGGAGGUCCAUCAUGCAGUCUCCUUCAUGAUGUUUGUAGUGUUUGUGCUGCAACAUGCAAAAAAAUUGUGAAUUAAUUUGUAACUUGUAUACAAUGUGAAACAGGGCCGGAAUGUGUAAAUCUGAGUAAAAGGAAAUGUAAAUUCAGUGUUUCAAAAAUCCAAGAAAGUUAAAAUUUAAGCCAA